AAAGACGCGUUAUCGCUUAUUUUUUGUUGGAGAAUGAAUACCGUAUUCAUAAUCGAUUGCAUUAUUAUAUAUUUAUAUGGUUUGGAAAUUGUAUUCAACAAUUUAUCAAAAUUGUGAAAUCCUUUUUGUGACCACGCCUCUGAUGAGUCUGGUACGGCGUGACGCCAAAUCAAGUUGUGUUGACAUCAAGCUAACGGCUAAUAACAGGAGAUCAACCAACCCUUGUCGACUUGCUAGCUAGAUCCAACAUUAAUGUUCUGAUGGUGUUAUUCGGAUAUUCGUGGUCUCGCACACAUGCUCGUGGUGUUCUGUGCAUUAGACAUGCAGAACGGAUAUAACGAGAUUGGGUUUGUGCAGCAAAUUCUUAGCUUGAAUUUGGUCCCUAGGAAAAAUGGCACCAAUCGAGGCAACGACACAUCGCUUAGCGACUUCUCAGAGAUGUGGUAUGGAGUCUUCUUGUGGGCUGCUGUCUCUUCACUGGUGUUCCACCUACCUGCUGCUCUCCUGGCCCUCGCCACCCUGCGACAACACAAAAUAGCCCGCUUCAUGCCCAUUGCCAUCAUACUGAUGAGUAUCGUGGGCCCUGUGUGUGGUGGUGUCCUUACCAGUGCCGCCAUUGCUGGGGUGUACAAAGCAGCAGGGAAGAGGAUGAUCUCCUUGGAGGCAUUGGUGUUUGGAGUGGGCCAGUCCUUCUGUGUCCUCAUUAUCUCCUUCUUAAGAGUCCUAGCUACACUCUAGCACUGGGACACAGGAACUCAAAGAGGGUGAGGGGGGGGGGGAGAACAUGCAAUCAGCAGGACGGCAUAUGCAAGAAAGCUGUUCCUUCAGAGGCCUUAUUUUCUAUAUCUGUUACCGGAUGACUUUGUUUGAUACAUGAUUAUUUGCCAAAGUGGUAUAUUUCAGGGCUGGCCAGGGGCUCUCUGUUUUUCUAUGUGUGUUAUUUUUCAUUCAGAUUGUUGUGUGUUGCUGUUGCACUAUACUCAGAACAAGCCUUCUCAUUUUGUGUGUUAUAGAUGUAUCAUGCACAUAGCUGAGAAUGAAACAUUCCAGCAUGCAGGAAAUUUGUGCUCUACAAUUUGAAUGAGUACACUCCAUUUACUGUCUCAAUAGUUCCACAACCUGGUAAAGACUACAAGUCUGAUGUGCAUGCCUUCAGACAAACACUAAAGGAGAGCAUUGUCUGCUCUGUUCCACCACAGACCAAUCAGCUUAAAUACAAUGUCUUGACUGAGGUGUGAUGUAUUCACAAUGAGGCACAGUGCUCGAUGAUAUUGAAGUAUAAAUAUCUAAGUCAGACAUAGCUACAACUUUAAGCUUUGUUAUUUCCACGUGUAUAUUUUUCUCUCUCUCUUCAUAUCCCAACUUGGGGUGUGUCUAAUUAUAAUUAAAAAAUAUAUAUAUUUAAGUCCAUUCCAGCUUCUUCUGUAAGCAGAGGCAAUAGAGAGAAGUGGAGACAAUGAAGAGAAUGAAAGUUGCAAGUUCCCAAUCUCUUUGUAUAUUGCUGAGCAAACCAUAGGGAAUAAUGUUGACUAAUCUCAUAUUUAUUUUAUUUUCCUUAAAUAUAAUUUUUUCAAUAUUGUUAGGGUAUUUUUAGAUAGUUGAUCCGUGGGUUAUAUCAGUGUAUAUACAAAAUACUUUUUCUGAGAGGAAUCUUUACACAUAAAUUGCAGACUGUUCUAAGUUCUCUGGUGGCGUCAGUGUGCUUAUAUAAUUUAAUCUCUUUUGAGAACCUUCGCAGCAUUGCUCAGUUUUUGCUAAUGUUCUAUUGGCCUUAAUAAUGGUAAAGGUGUACAGUAUGUAGGAAUAGUGUAAUAUAUUGUUACUUUGGCAUUGAUUAUGCUAAACUAAUAAGAGGCAACCUCACUCUAAACCAUGAAUGUGAAUCAGAUUUCUGUAAAAUUCCUUGUGGGAUUUCUUCAAUCUUUUUACCAAAGAGAACCUAAAACAAAUGCACACCAGAUUUUAGUUUUAACUGAUAGCCCCUUGUCCCAAAAUCCUACUUUAAUUAAGGGCUCUAUUCAAUCUGUAUCGCUGAAGCAUUACAGAUUUCGGGUUGUAAAGGUAAUUUCCGAUUGAGCCGACAUAUGCAGUGUUUACUGUGAAUGCAGUCUCUGCUAAUGCUGAAACGCUGCCUUUAAAUUUGAUUUGUGCUGUAAUGCUGAACUUCCGUGAUACGGAUUGAAUAGAGCCCUAAAGGUUUCGGUAUUGUGUCCAGACUUAUAAAUCAUGAGCCGUGUGUAAAAACAAGGUAAAAGUCCAACUCAGCAAGAAAAAAGUCCCAAUCCACCAUAGAAAAGCACAGCUUUGCAGAUGUCUCUAUUCUAAGCCAAGAGUAGCAGACUAGUGAAAUCAAGCAUUACAGUCCAACAAAAAGCUUUUUAUGUUUUGUUAUUCAGCAUGGCUACAUGCAUAUUGUUCAAAACUAUCAGCAGUGUAGUGGUCAUUAGUGCAGUAACAAAACCACAUCCUUUUCAAAACACUAGUGUGAGGGACUGGUUAUAGGAACAAAUGAGGAUGGUUGGUCAGCACACUAUUUGGUAGUGGUUCAUUAUUGUAAUGUAGACAGAUUUGUGGUGAUUAAAGUUUCUUAGCAGCAGGCUAGAGCUGUUCUUCUGUCUGGUAGUGAUAUCAUGAGGGGUGACAUGUUGAAAGCCAUGCUCUGCUUAUCUGGGCCUUGAACACCUCAAUUCCACAGAAUGUUUAUUUUUCUAAGGUUCUUUAACUUUCCUUAUUGUAGCAUGACUGCACACUACCUACUGUUUGUUAUAUAGCUAGUUGGUUUGUCUUGCUUUAAAUAAAUGAAUGCUCUUUAUUGCCCAUGUGAUUUUAAUCUAUGGAUUGAUUUUGGUUUUACAAGACAAGGUUGAUUUUAUUACAUUAAAUUAAAGUGCCAAUUGUUAAUAUUUUCAUGUAAUAAAAUAUUUCAGGUUA